AUGUGUUUUGGGACAGAGCAACCGUACUGUACAGAGAGUAAACUGUCCCCACGUCGCCUGUCGCCUCCCCCUCCUCCUCAGAGUGCACUUCUCCGCCACUUGCUGACAAUUACUUUUGGAAGAGAAAAGGGUCCUCUACUAGCUACCAAACAAGUUCAGAUACCUCCCUCUACCCAACGAGACAAGAGCAGCGGUAGCAGCAGAAGCAGAAGCAGAAGCAACAGAGGUGCAGUCAUAAUAGGAGCAGACUCACUCAGUACUAGAGGGAGAGAGGAGGUGGCAGCAUGGCAAGAGCUUGAACACCAAGCUCUCAUUUACAAAUACAUGGUCUCUGGUGUCCCUGUCCCGCCAGAACUCCUCUAUUCUGUCAAAAGAAGCUUGGAAUCUUCUUUGGCUUCAAGAGUUUUCCCUCACCAACCUAUUGGGUGGGGUUGUUUUCAGGCGGGUUUCGGCAGAAAAGCAGACCCAGAGCCAGGAAGGUGCAGAAGAACGGAUGGAAAGAAAUGGAGGUGCUCAAAGGAAGCAUACCCAGACUCCAAGUAUUGUGAAAGGCACAUGCACAGAGGCAGAAACCGUUCAAGAAAGCCUGCAGAACUUACUUCAACUACAACUGCAACAGCGACAACAAUUCCUUUAACAUCAAUCAACAGAAACGUCUCUAAAACCACUGUUUCACCCUCCAGCUCCUCUUACUCUUUCUCUCACCUUUCUUCAUCUGGGGAAUCUGAAAUUUUUGCCCAUCAAAAUUCUAGCCACAACACCUACCUUAAUCCCUUCCUUUAUCCUCAUUCUUCAUCUUCUGGACCUCCAGCUGGUUCUGGUUUUUCACCUCAUGACAGCACCACUCAUAACCAGUUUUUGGACUCUGGAUCCUCUCCUCAUGUUGAUAAGGAGUACAGGUAUUCACAUGGAAUGAGGGAGGAUGUGGAUGAGAGAGCUUUCUUCCCAGAUGGUUUAGGGAGUGCAAGAGGCGUACAAGAUUCAUAUAACCAAUUGGCAAUGAAUUCCUACAAAGAUUACUCAGAGUCACAGUUUCAAAGCUUUGCUGAUACAUCUAAAGAAGAGCAGCAACAACCAGGGCAGCGUUGCUUCGUUUUGGGCACUGAUAUUAUCAAGUCCUCAGCGACAAGGUCAAUCAAGUUGGAGAAAGAAGCCGAAACCCAGAAGUCAUUGCACCAUUUCUUUGGUGAGUGGGAACCAAAGGACGCAGACUCGUGGCUUGAUCUUGCAUCCAGUUCAAGACCUCACACUGCUGAUUUGAAACCAAAUAAAGAUGACGACACAACUUUGGUGAAGGGCCGUGCUAUCAUGGCCUCCCCAAAUGUUUCACAAAGUAUAAUAAUUGGCUCGUAUGUAUGUGAGACUCGUGAUCUUAACACACAUUUGACAUAUGUGAUUAAUGCGUAA